GAAGGACAGUUGAAGUGAACUUGAACCGACUUGAACCCACACUGAACCCAUUGGAAGCUAUUCAACAAGAACGCUUCGCUCUGAUUGGCCCGGCGCUUCUCCCGCGGACCAAUCAGCGUGAAACGUGCUCUAUCCACGGUGACGUGGGUGGAAUUUAUUAGCGCCUACGUCUGGGCUCCAUGGCGACCUGUAAUUCAUUGAUAAGAAAAGACGGUACAGUCUGAACGGCCUCGUACGUGUCAGUAAUCAAUCCCCUGUAAACAUGGCGGGUUACCUGAAGGCUCUGACCACGGGGUCGAGAAGUGUAGCUGCUGUACUGUCACCGGCCGCCGGCUGCCAUCAUCACAGACUGCAACAGAGGAACUAUGCCACGAAGCGAAUCAAGGUGGCCCAGCCGGUGGUGGAGAUGGACGGAGAUGAGAUGACUCGCAUCAUAUGGGAGUUCAUCAAAGAGAAGCUCAUCCUUUCCAACGUGGAUGUUGAGCUGAAGUACUUUGACCUCGGUCUGCCGUACCGCGACCAGACGGAUGACCAGGUCACCAUUGACUCUGCACUUGCGACUCUGAAGUACAACGUGGCUGUCAAGUGUGCCACAAUCACCCCUGAUGAGGCCAGAGUUGAGGAGUUUAAGCUAAAGAAGAUGUGGAAGAGUCCAAAUGGAACCAUCAGGAACAUCUUGGGCGGCACAGUUUUCCGUGAGCCAAUCCUUUGUAAAAACAUUCCCCGUCUUGUUCCUGGUUGGACACAACCAAUAACAAUCGGCAGACAUGCUUUUGGCGAUCAGUACAGGGCCACAGACUUUGUUGUUGACCAGCCUGGCAAGUUCAAGAUUGUGUUUUCUCCAAACGAUGGAAGCAAGCAGAAGGAGUGGGAGGUGUUUGACUUUCCUGCUGGGGGCUGUGCGAUGGGAAUGUACAACACUGAUGAGUCCAUCAGUGGGUUUGCUCACAGCUGCUUCCAGUAUGCCAUUCAAAAGAGGUGGCCUCUAUACAUGAGCACUAAGAACACCAUCCUCAAGGCCUACGACGGGCGCUUCAAAGACAUCUUCCAGGAAAUCUUUGAGAAGACGUACAAACCAGAGUUUGACAAGCUGAAGAUCUGGUACGAGCACCGUCUCAUUGACGACAUGGUGGCCCAGGUCCUGAAGUCUUCAGGAGGAUUUGUUUGGGCCUGCAAGAAUUAUGAUGGAGAUGUGCAGUCAGACAUUCUGGCUCAAGGUUUUGGCUCUCUGGGUCUCAUGACAUCAGUACUGGUGUGUCCUGAUGGUAAGACUAUUGAGGCUGAGGCUGCCCAUGGCACCGUCACCAGGCACUACCGUGAACACCAGAGGGGAAGACCAACCAGUACAAACCCAAUUGCCAGCAUCUUUGCUUGGACCAGAGGACUGGAGCACAGAGGCACACUGGAUGGAAAUCCUGAUCUGAUGAAGUUCUCCCAGACAUUAGAAAAAGUCUGUGUGGAAACUGUGGAAAAUGGUGUGAUGACCAAAGACCUCGCAGGCUGCAUCCACGGUUUGGCCAACUGCAAGCUGAAUGAACAUUAUGUCAACACAUCAGACUUCCUAGAUGCCAUCAAGACCAACCUGGACAAAGCUCUGGGCAAAUGAAGAACGAUCAGAAGACACAUGUGCCAAUGUACAGACAAACCCUGUCUGUAGAUUUUUCACUCGUUUUUACCUGUUGUUUGUAUCAACCUUUGUAUCCAGUUUUGAAGGAAACAAGUUUACUAUUUAUGUGCCAUUUUCCUAUUUGUAUAGAUCACUUAUAGAGUAUCUUGUGUACAGUAGCUUGUGUUCCUCCACCUUUGCUUUUGCCAAUGGUCCUUUUUGAUAUUAAUAAAUUGAGUGAUUGUACUGUAUAAAUAACAGUAAUAUUAUUGCUAAUAGUAACUUAUAAUGGCCAUUUCAAGGAAGUUUCUAUUUUUGCAUUCAAUUAAAAGGUAUCUUCAGGAAUCUAUAUGUGCAAAAAAUGACAGUAAUGCCAUGUAUUGCUCUAUAAGCAUGAAUAUAAAAAAGCAAAAGCUAAUCACUUAAUGACAA